GAAGAACGCCUCAGCCUAGAGGCCAUCCGGGAAGUGGUGCGCGGGGAGAUUGGGAUCAGCACCGCCACCCUGCGCACGGAAAUCGGGGCCCGCAUGGACCGAGUGGAGACGGGGGUCACAGCGAGGCUCGAGCAGACCUUGGAGCGCCUCGCAGCCAUCAACGACCAACAGCGAGACCAACAGCGGACGGUCGAGGCAAUCCAGGGGGAGCAGAACAACAUGAACGCCCGCCUCAUGACCCUCGAGGCCAAAAUGCAGUCACUGCAACAGCAGUCCGUGACUGGCAGCACCACAGAUACAGACAACUGGGGGCGCAAGCCAGCGCUCAUCAUGGGCGGGUGGGGAGACGACACCCCGGCCGACGAAACCAUGAGAGGGGUGGUCCAGAUGAUCAAGGACCUCCGCGUGGAUGUGGACACAGAUCAAGCAUUCGUGCCGGGGGUGCGCAGGGGCUACGCCAUCCUUCCUUAUGGGCCCCGAGAAGGCGAGAACCCGCAAGAGCUGCGGGAGCGACUUUCACAAGCCCUGCGCCGUGUGCGCCAAGCCAACAUCGCGAUGGGGACCAAUGCGGAGGGCAAAACCAAGUACCUUUGGAUGCAGCUGUCUCAGUCGCCGGAGCGCAGACGACGGGUACAGCUGGCGGGGAAAUGCAAGCGACUAUGCCUCAGCUUCGGAGCCACGUUGAGCCAGAUUGAAACUGAGUGGCCGACAGGGACGGUGUGGUUCAAGGGGACGAGGGUGUGCUCAGCUACGACGACAAGGCCGGGGGAAGCAGAAGAAGCAGGCACAGAACCGACGGAGAGCGCUGACGAGCAGGGGGACACAGACCCCCAGUUUCACGAACUGCGUGCCAAACCCCUGAAGGGGGGCAAAGAGGCACCCUUGACAGUGGCCACCUGGAACGUGGGCGGCCUCUCCGCUGCCAACGCACUGGAGAUGCUGCAGGCGCUCGGGGGAAACAAUGAGCUCUCCCGCGUGCAAGUCUUUCUGUUGCAAGAGAUUAUUACUGAUGAGGGGAGGUUUUUCGCGGCGAACCGGACAUGGACGCUUGCAUUCGGCAAAGCAGAGGGGGAGUGGAGAGGAGAGGGGGUUGCCUGGCACACCACCUUAGGGAAGCACGCUGGCACGCUGGUUAUGGAAGGGGGAGUGGCGCUUACACUCACCACCGCCGAAGGGAACAAGUGGGGGCUGCUUAGCGCCCACGUACCACACCAUGCCACAUUGGCCCGGACAGAGACACUUAUGAGCGGAUGGGAAGAUGCCGGGGCACUCAAGCAGCGCAGGGUGCUUGUGGGAGUGGACGCCAACGAGCAGUUCACACCAAGCCAACACACAGGGGGGGGACAACAAGCACAGGGGCACAAUAGCAGAGCAGAGGCAAUUCUUGCCUGGAAGCAGAGGCAUGGACUGAGGCUGCCACCGCAGGAACUGCACAGAGCCACGCAUUACCCCUAUGCCACGGACCUGCAGCCGAGACGACUUGACUACGUCCUGCUCAAGGGGUGCUUCUCCUUGGAGGGGACGGUGGGAGAUGCAAGGGACAUUGCCAGGUCCGACCAUGAGCCCGUGAUCGUGCAGCUCCGAACCCAGGUCCCUAAAGGCAAUCACCACAAAACAUCCUGCGGGCCCAGGCACAUAACGAUCAAGGACCCCAAGGAAAGGAAAGCAAUCCUUAACGCCACGGCCCAAGCGAAGCCAGGGGAUCGCCACCACCAGAUCUCCGAGAUGAGCCAGCUUCUCACCACAGCAGGCAGGGGGGACGUGCGCAAGUUCCAGGAGAGCAAAGCACUGAAGCAAGCAAGGAGAGACGCACACCAGGUGCCACCGGGGCAAGACAGAAGGCAAGCAUGGAAAGCAGUCCACAAGCAGCUCAAAGGGGAGCAUAAACAAUGGAAGCAGCACAUGACAGCCCUUGCCAGCCAACACGACUGGCCGGCUUACAGGCAGCACAAGCGCAGCACGCAGAUGGGGGACAUGUGGGUGGCAACGCUCACGGACAACCACGAUUGGCAGGGGGCCCUGCUAGCACAUUUCCAGAGCAUCUUCAACAAAGCAGACGGGGGGGUGAGAGAUGCGGACUUCGCAGAACGGAGGGGGCGACUCACCAGAGCAUGCAAGCACACGAGGUGGGUGCCCUUCACGCAAGAUGAACUCAUGGCGGUGUCCGCAAGGUGGAAGAACAACAAGUGCACGGGGCCCGACCUCAUCGCACACGAGGCCCUUCACAUCCUCAAACAGCACCCGGUGUGGGAGCACAGACUGCGGCAGAUGCUCAACGACGCACUCUACGAAGGGGGGUUGCCGGCUGCGGCUGAGAAGGGGAUGACGGUACUGCUCCCCAAAGAAGCCAUGCCCAAGCACUGGGGGGAGACGAGGCCCAUCACUUUGAGCAGCACGAUCCUCAAAGCCGUCGCACAACUGCUGCUGCGAAGGUGCACAUACACUCUCCAGCCCCUCAACACGCUCCAGUGGGCAGCCCCUCGGAAACAGGGGACGGAGCUCAUCCUUACCCUCAGGAAGGUGGCCAGAAUGGCGCGAGACUGGGGGGGACACUUCUGGAUCAUCAAACUCGACCUGCAGAAGGCUUUUGACUCGGUGGCGCAGACCAGCCUCGCAGCCCUGGUCGAAGAGCGGGUGGGGCCAAACCACCCGUGGGAAGCAAGACUGUGGCUUGCACUGCUGCAGGCCAGGGAGCUUGUGCUGGGGGUGGGGGGAGAAGAGGUGGCGGUGCAGCAAACAAAUGGGGUGCGCCAAGGAUCACCGGACUCCCCGGUGCUCUUCUCGGCACGGGUGGGGGAAUGCUUGCAGAACACCCUCUGCCAGACGCAGCAACAGCCCCGCGGGGGAGAGAACCCCACGCUACCACCGCCACCGCACCACGGGGGAUCCUUCAUGGAUGACACGUACCUGUGGGGGGAAAACCCACAGCACCUACAGGCUACGCUUCAGAAACUGGAAGCCGCAUUCAAACAGCAUGGCCUCAAGAUCAACCCCAAGAAAACCAGGAUUAUCGCCAGCACAGAUCACCCCUUUGUCUUCAAGAUUGACGGCCAGAGGGUGCAAGCAGAGAGGGGGGAAGCAGCACUCACCGUGCUGGGAUCGCCGGUCAGCUUUGCAGGGGGACCACAGCACCUAGCGGCAGAGAUGGGGGCGAGAGCCAGGAGAUCGUUCGGCAAGAACAAGCCCCUCCUGGUAGCCAAGACAGCACUGAAGCAAAGGCUCCAGCUCCACAACACGCUGGUACGCCAGAGCGCGCUAUGGGCGUGCGAGACGUGGCCCGUGCAUGACACGCUGCUCCGUGCGGCCAACACGCAACAACUGCAGCAUGCGCGGGCAAUGGUGGGGGGGGCGCGCACACCGGGGGAGGCCUGGGCUGACUGGAACACACGUACUAUGAGGAUGGCUCGCACGCACCUGUUCAAGAACAAGAUCGAAAGAUGGUCCACCUACAUUCUCCGGAUGAUCUGGGGAGUCUGGGGGCACGUUGCGAGGGGGGGACAAGCCACCUUGGAGAUGCUGCAAUGGAGGGGGAUUGCGUGGUGGUGGCAGCAGCAAGCGCUCCACAAGUCCGUGGGGGCCAGACACGCAGGGAGGUUCAACAGUGGGCUCGACACAGAGAGGCACAUCAUCACGAUAGCGGGGACGAACUGGGUGGCAGCAGCAGCGGACAGGAUCCACUGGAACAACCUCCAAGACAAGUUUGUUCAAGCCUUUGACCCCCCGUGGUGUAGUGGCAAGCAAGCCCGGCUCCUGAACCUGGCCCCAACACGACAACAAUACCAUAACAGACCCAAAGCAAUGCGCAACCGCAGGAAAGGGGGGGGCAAGACCGGAAACUGCAGAGCGUUGAAUGACGGCUGA